CGGGGCGGCGGAAGCGGCGGCGGCGGCGUUGGGGCCAUGCGGGCACCGGGACCGUGCGCGGAGUGCGGGGCGGGGGCCGCGGCCCGGUACCGCUGUCCGCGCUGCGGCAGCGCCUACUGCUCCGUGCCGUGCUGCCGGACCCACCGCGAGCGAUGCUCUCCCGAUGAUGCCCCGCGGGAGCGGGAGGCGGCCGGGCAGGAGCCGGUCCCCGCGGCCGGGCAGGAGCCGGUGCCCGCGGCCGGGUUCCCGGAGGACAUCCCGGGCGAGGAGGACGAGCAGGACCGCGUCCCGGAGCACAAACUGCGGCUGCUGGGAGAGUCGGAAGAGCUGCGGGAGCUGCUGCGGAACCCGCACCUGCGGGAGCUGCUGCUCGCCCUGGAGCGGGCUCGGGACAAAAGCUCCGUCCUGAGGCGGCUGAUGCAGGAGCCGCUGUUCGUGGAGUUCGCCGACUGCUGCCUGGGCAUUGUGGAGCCUCCCGAGGAGAAGGAGAACGUGCUCCCCGAGUGAGCUGCCGUGGGAAUGGCGUUUUUUUAAUUAUCUUUGGGAUUUUGGUGUGGGAGCUCAGCCAGAGGUGCUGCCGUGUGUCUCGGCUGCUCUGCCCGUGGAUGUCGGUGCUCUGGUUCCAGCCUAGGCAGGGCUGUGUUGGGACACUUUUACAUCCUGGGGGUUCAACUUGCUACUCUGUGGAAUUCUUUCUGUUGGCACAGAAAUUCACCACAGCAAAUGCUGCUUCACGAUGACAAUAUUAAAUAUAUUUACAUUUAUUUUAA